AUGGGAGGACAGGUGCUUGUGACGUGCGGGGCCACGGUCUGUUUUGACAGACUCGUGGAGAACGCUCUGGACAAGCGGUUUUUUGGACUGCUGCUGCGGCUUGGGUUCGACCGUCUUGUGGUGCAGUACGGCAAGACGGCCGAGGGCCAAGAGCUCGUGACAAGGCUCACACAACAGUACACCGUCAGCGACGGGCAGUUCACGGUUGACGGCCUGCAUGUGGAGCUGUUGGCGUUCGACGCAGACAUUGUGGCCAACUACACGCAGAAAAGCGACCUGGUGAUCUCGCACGGCGGGACCGGGUCCGUGCUGGACAGUCUGCGGUGCAACAAAAAGCUUGUCGUGGUGAUCAACAGUGCUCUGGCGGACAACCACCAGGAGGAGAUUGCGGAGGCGUUUGCACAACAGGGACUGCUCGAAUAUGUGCGUGGAGACUUGAGUGAGUUGCUACGCGUGACUGAGCGCGUUUGCAACAGGUCGUACAAUAAGAUGCCAAGCCCAAAAGGGAGAAUUGUUGAGGAUGUCUUAUGGAGCUAG